CCGGAAGUUUUACCGCUGACCGUCGAGUGUUGCUGCCUGGUGUUGCAAGCACUGGUCCAAAGAAGGAAGCUGCAAAACUUGACAGGUUGCUUCUAAGCCACAUGUGAAGAUGAGCGUCCCAGAUUACUUGCAGUGUGCCGAGGACCACCAGACGGUACUAGUGGUGGUCCAGCCGGUCGGCAUCGUACCCGAGGACCAGUUCUUCAAGAUCUACAAACGCAUCGCCAGCGUGAGCCAGGUGAGCAUCAGGGACUCGCAGCGUCUCCUCUACAUCCGCUACCGCCACCACUACCUGCCGGAAAACAACGAGUGGGGAGACUUCCAGACGCACCGCAAGGUGGUGGGGCUCAUCUCCAUCACCACCUGUGGCCCAGCCAAAGAGUGGCCACAGACCGCAGAGCGCUUCCACGGCCAGAAGGAGGUCUACAGUUCCACGUUGUACGAUUCUCGCUUGCUGGUGUUUGGGCUGCAGGGUGAGAUUGCAGAGCAACAGCGGACAGAUGUGGCCUUCUACCCAAACUUUGAAGAUUGCUCUGACGUAGAGAAGAGAGUGGAGGACUUUGUGGAGUCCAUUUUUAUUGUUUUGGAGUCCAAGCGGCUUGACCGGGCCACAGACAAGUCAGGAGACAAGAUACCACUGCUCUGUGUUCCCUUUGAGAAGAAGGACUUUGUGGGUUUGGACACUGAUAGCAGACAUUAUAAGAAGCGUUGCCAGGGACGGAUGAGGAAGCAUGUUGGGGACUUGUGUCUCCAGGCAGGCAUGCUGCAGGAUGCCCUGGUCCACUACCACAUGGCUGUGGAGCUGCUCAGGGGGGUUAAUGACUUCCUCUGGCUGGGUGCUGCGUUGGAGGGUUUGUGCUCAGCCUCUGUCAUAUUCCACUACCCUGGAGGCACAGCGGGGAAGACUGCAGGACGCAAACCAAGCAUCUCCCAGCCAGCAGACGCAGGGAAACGCCACAGACCAGGGGCUCAGGAGGUUCUCAUUGACCCAGGUGCCCUCACAGCCAACGGCAUUAGUGCAGACACCAGCACUGAGAUUGGACGAGCAAAGAACUGCCUGAGUCCGGAGGACAUUAUCGAGAAAUACAAAGAGGCAAUCUCCUACUAUGGAAAGUACAAGAAUGCAGGAGUGAUCGAGCUGGAGGCCUGUGUGAAAGCGGUCAGGGUGCUGGCCAUUCAGAAGAGGGCCAGGGAGGCCUCGGAGUUCCUGCAGAACGCUGUUUACAUCAACCUGGGACAGCUGUCAGAGGAGGAGAAGAUCCAACGCUACAGUAUCUUGUCUGAGCUUUACGAGCUGAUCGGAUUCCAUCGCAAGUCUGCCUUCUUCAAGCGUGUUGCAGCCAUGCAGUGUGUCGCUCCCACCAUCCCAGAGCCCGGCUGGAGGGCCUGCUACAAGCUGCUGCUGGAGACGCUGCCAGGAUACAGUCUGUCACUGGAUCCCAAAGACUUCAGUAAAGGUACCCACAGAGGCUGGGCCGCUGUACAAAUGCGCCUCCUCCAUGAGCUGGUGUACGCCUCCCGUCGCAUGGGCAACCCUGGCCUGUCUGUUCGCCACCUGUCCUUCCUGCUGCAGACCAUGCUGGACUUCCUGUCAGAUCAAGAGAAGAAAGAAGUGACCCAGAGUCUGGAAAACUACACCUCCAAGUGUCCAGGUGGAAUGGAGGUCAUCACCCUUCCUGAUGGCCUGAAGCUCCCUCCCGUCCCCUUUACAAAGCUGCCCAUUGUCCGAUCAGUCAAGCUCCUCAAUCUGCCUGUCAGUCUGCGUCCUCACAAAGUGAAAGGCCUGCUCGGACAGAAUAUGUCCACUGCCAGCCCCUUCAUCUACUCACCAAUCAUCAUGCACAACAGAGGAGAGGAGCGCUGUAAGAAGAUAGACUUCCAGUGGGUUCAGGGAGAUGUUUGUGAAGUGCAGCUCAUGGUCUACAACCCCAUGCCUUAUGAACUUCGUGUGGAGAACAUGGGUUUGCUGACCUCUGGAGUGGAGUUUGAAUCCCUGCCUGCUGCUCUGUCCCUACCUGCAGAGUCUGGCCUGUACCCUGUCACUCUGGUUGGUGUUCCACGUACAGCUGGCAACAUCACUGUCAAUGGUUACCACACGUCAGUGUUUGGUGUCACCAGUGAUUGUCUGUUGGAGGGCCUGGCUGGUGUGAAGACAAGUGGCUGCUUGGUUGAAGUCAUUCCCUCACUUCCUCGUCUCCAGCUCAGCACAUCACUACCACGGUCAGCCCACACACCUCAGCCGAUGUCAAAAGAGGAGCUGUCUAGCACUGUGUCAGUCCAGCUUUUCAACGGAGAGACCCAGCAGCUAACCAUCACCUUGGAGAACAUUGGAUCUGAGCAGAUCGAGACUCUGGAGCUCACCUCUAAGAUUAUCAACACCAAAGAGAAAGUGUUUGGGGAGUUUCUGAGCUGGGAGCUGGAGGAGGUUUUGUCUCAUCUGCCUCUAAAGCCUGGCCAGGCCGUGACACUGGCUGUCAGUAUCAAAGUCAAGCUGGACUUCUCUGGUCAGGAGAACCUGCUGCAGGACCUCAAUGAUGAUGGGAUCAGUGUGACAGGCCUGCCAAUUUCUAGCCCACUGCGCCAAGUCCUCAAACCCAGGUCCGAGACCAAGCCUGUCAGCAGUGAGUCCGCCAAGGCAGAGUACAGCCAUGUUAAGACUUUGGAAGCAGUUUUGAACUUCAAGUACUCAGGAGGAGCAGGCAAAGUGGAGGGCUACUACAGGGAGCUAUCUUUGGGAGUCCAUGUUGACGUCGAGCCAUCUGUUUUCUUCACCAGAGUCAGCACCCUCCCUGCAACCAGCACCCGCCAGUGUCACCUGCUGCUCGACAUCUUCAACCCAACCGAGCACGAGCUCACCGUCAGCGCCAAGAACAACCAGGACCUGGUUCUCCAUGCCAGCGAGUGCCAGAGGAUGGCCAUCCAAGUUGACAAGUUUGACUUUGAGAGUCUGCCUCAGCCGGACCAGGAGACCGCUCGCUUCACUAACCCCAAACAGCUGGAGGAGGAGCGACAGCAUGCCCAGGGCUGCCAGAUAAACAGCAAGCUGGGCAUCUGUUGGAGCAUCCCUUCCCUGCAACGACGUGGAGAGGCCAGUGUGGAAGGAGUCCUCAAUCAGCUGGUCCUGGAGCACCUACAGCUUGCUCCCUUGCAGUGGGAUGUGUUCGUGAAUGGGAAGCCAUGUGACUGUGAUGUCAUUGCCGACUGUAAAGUGGGCGACCCUGUGAGCCUGGAGGUAAAACUGACAAAUCUGAGCAAGAACUCUGUGGGCCCCCUGGCUCUGACUGUGAUGCCCUAUCAGGACUUCCAGAACGGAGUCCAGAACUACGAUUUGGAGGAGGCCGUCACCUUCAUCGGCUCCAACACCUUCUACAUUGACACGGUUAAACCCAAAGAGAGCUCUGUCUGUGUGGGUGCCUUGCUCUUCCUCUACACUGGAGACUUCUACCUUAACAUCAAGUUCCAGGACGACAGUGCUGGACGAGAGCUUCCUUUAGCCUGGUUCAUGCUGCCCAGCGUCCACAUCCGGACCCUGGACACUCCGCUGCAGGCCGGGGCGUGAAGAGCCACUGGCCUCGUCGUUUUUAGUUCUGUAUGAAGGAUAGAUAGUUCUGAUGUGGAUGUUCUCUGUAAAUACACACAUGUAAAUAUGAUAAUGUAAAAGGUUACAGCAUGUGUGUGGGUGUGUGUGAGGGGAUUUGAAUUCUUGUUUUCAAAACACUUGAGUGCUGUUACAUGUCUCGGUCUGCAGAUGUGUUCAGACAGAACUCAACGUGAAUCUUUAAAUCCGGGUUUAAAAAAAAAUAAGAGCUUGACCUCAGGUCUUUUUCAUAAACAUACAGAGAGGAGAGGAACAAAAAGAGAAACUGGACGGUCUGACAGAACCUACUGGAGUUUGAUAUCGGUCAGAGCAGAGCACAAACUCACAGAGACACACUCCUGCAUACGCUCAGUGCAUGUGUUGAGAUGUAGCUAAUGACACAGCUAUCAUCUGUGCAUUUGGCUGUGUGGGGUGAUUAAAACCUGCCCAGUGGUCAAAUAAAGUGAAUCAGCUUGAACAUUAAAUAUAUUUUAUUAAUGCUGUAUUCAACUCCGUAUAAGUUGAAAAAGGAUUUGCAGAUCAUUAAAUUGUGAUGUUACUCUGUGUAUCAACAGCAUAUUGAUACUAACUGGACCUGCCGCUGUGCAGCUAGCAGUCAAGACUGGGAGCUGGGAGUGGUAUUAUGACACAGCAUGUUGCUGGUUAGCAUGCUAACUUCAACUGAUAUCUCUGCAACACAAUAAGUAGACAUCAUUGGUGUUAAUCUUAUUACCUCCCGUUCUGUCAAUCAUUUAAAUUCAUCCUGGACCUAAAUUCCUACGUAUUGCACCUUUAACAUGUGUUUUGGGCUGGCUAGCUGUAGCCAUUUGCCAGCUAGCUAGACUGAUCUUAACGAAUGGUAGUCAUGCCAUGAAAUUCAAUUGAUUUACAUGUUACCAAGCUUUCAGCACCAACUUGUCCACUUUCUGGUGUGACCAUGCACUCACAUCAUAGUCACUGUUUUCUCUUUUUUUUUUCCAGUCACAGUGCCAUUAAUUCAGUGGAUUCGUUAACAGAUCUUCUCUUUAAAAAGUCACAGAAAUUAGCGUAAAGGAGCAGAAGACCUCGGAGUCGUCACUGAAGAAGAGCUGCACUCCAACCCUGGAUAUGAUCUGCCAGAAUGAGAAGCCAGCUGUGCACAAUUAAAUAUAUUUAUUUCAACUGCUGUAUGGACAGUUUCCCUUACCUCUGUGCCACAACACUGAAACACCUGAUGAAUGAAACCGUGUUAGAUUAGUCCAUCAUCAUGUGUGACCUAUAAUUGUUGUAAAUAAAUGUUAAAAGAACUCAA